AUUUAAACAUUACUUUAUACAUUAUUAACAGAUGAUGGAUUUUAUAACAGACAGCACAAAGUUUUUGGAUCGUUUAGCAGGCAAUACCGAGCAUUUCAGAAAUGCGAUGACUAAAGCUGGAUUCAUUGUCAGCGGCGAUAACCAUCCUAUUUGUCCUGUUAUGUUGGGUGAUGCAAAAUUAGCAACAACAUUUGCAGAUAAAAUGAUGGAAAAGGGAAUUUACGUCAUUGGAUUCAGCUAUCCCGUGGUACCAAAAGAUAAAGCAAGAAUAUGUGUUCAGAUUAGUGCAGCGCACUCGACCGAAGAUAUAGAUCGUGCGGUAGGUGCUUUCUUACAAAUUGGAAAAGAACUUGCGGUAAUUUAAUAAAUACAUUUUUAAUAACGGCAAAGAAAAAUUGAAUGAUUGAUUCUGUCUUCAAUAUGCAUUCUGUUUCAUUAUAUAAAUAAAUAAAUCGCAGUGUUAA